AUGACCAUCGUUUUGGAUACCAUUGUCACUUUGGAUGUUAUUGCUAUUGAUGAUGCCAUCACUUUGGAUGCCGUUACCAUUGAUAAUGCUGUCACUUUGGAUGCUGUUGUCAUUGAUGAUAUUGUCGCUUUAGAUGCUGUUGCCAUUGAUACCAUUACUUUAGAUGCCAUUGCCAUUAAUACUAUCGUUUUAGAUGCCAUUAUCUUGGGUGCUGUCACAGCUUUAGAUGCUAUUUUAUUAGAUAACAUAUCUUUAUGUGUUGUCAUUUUAAUAAUAGAAGAAGGAGAAGUUAUCACUACUGAAGGAAUGAUAGAAAAUGAUAAAGGUGUUGUUAGUGAUUUGCUUGUUACCUGA